GGAAUGUUAGGUUUUUAUGAUACCCCUCAGUGGAGAGUCAACUCAGAGAUGAGGAGGAUCCCUGAAUUGGGCCGUCAUUGGGGGGUAAGGUGGCAACGGCGUUAACCACUGUUAGCCGCCCACAUCCUGCACCAGGAGGCAGCACAGAACGCGAUCGCGCAACCCAGCCCGUGAGUGACCUAUCAACUCCUCUCUGUAGGCAACGUUAAAGCGCGCAUCGCGCGCAUUUCAGCUGAUUUUAGCAUGGUUUUGAGGGUUUUGAUUCAGAAGUGUUUCAUCACACCUUUUCCUAGAUUUCUAGAUAUAUUGGAACCUAGGAUUGCAAUGCUAGUGAUGCGAUGCAAUGGCUCACUUGGAAUAAAGUGAAAAAGCUAAGAAUGUAUAUUAUCAAAAUUCUUCAUCGGCUCUAAAAAUACAAAACUAUUAUCUAUUGAAAGGCAACGAUGAGGGUAGUUCUUGCUUAUGUCGGGUUUUUAUUUAUUUCGUUAUUAGUUUUACUACUUUAUAUAAUUGGUGCAUCACGUUACCUUACCGAUCAUGAGGGAAAUACAUGUGUUAUGACAUAUAUGUUCGAGUACCCUCAGUAUGUGAGAAUAGUUUUAGAUGAUAAAAUUGAGGAACAAUUCCCAAGAUAUGGCCUGUACGUUUACGGGGAGGGUUCAGGGACAGAAAAGUAUAGGAGAAUGCAUUUUACUGGCCUUCCAGUAUUAUUUAUACCAGGCAAUGCAGGAUCUCACGAACAAGUGAGAUCCUUAGCUUCGGUGAGUCUCAGAAAGAGCAUAAAAGAUCGUACACCCUUUCACUUUGACUUUUUCACAGUGUCUCUUGAUAAGGACUAUUCUGCGUUAUAUGGAGGUGUACUUAUGGAUCAGACAAUAUACGUUUCGCACUGCAUACAAAAGAUUUUAGAAUUAUACAAGAAUGAAACUCAGAGCGUGACGAUAAUUGGUCACUCGAUGGGUGGCAUCGUUGCAAAAGGUGCUAUUCUCUUUGUACCGUCGAUGGAUCCUAAACUGGUGAAUAUUUUGAUUAUGCUGGCUACGUCACAUGAACCAUCACUUGUCCCUGACAAUGCGUUGGCUAAUUAUUAUUACAAAGUACUGAUUUUGGAACAUCGACUGAAAGCUGCAGGAACGACUGUGAUUUCUGUUGGGGGAGGCACAAGUGAUAUCCUAGUAACUUCGGUGCAAGCAUUUGAUCCGUCCGCAGAUCUUAACGUUGUUUCUACAAGUGUUCCUGUAGUUUGGAAACCUGUCGAUCACUUGUGCAUUCUCUGGUGCAAGCAACUGAUUAUUUCCAUAGUGCGAUCCCUUUUUGAUUGCGUGAAUACGACUCGGCGACCCGCUAGAAUUAGCAUGUCUCCACAGCAUAAAUUACAAGCAUUCUCAUAUCACCUCUCAAAUCGCUAUGCAGGUAAGAAACAAUAUCCUUAUCAGGAUAAAAUUAACUUCGAGAGAGGAGGACUGUGGGUGGAAGAUAUUCGUCGGCAAUACACGUGGACUAACAAGGAAAUUACGGAUACAAAAAAUUCUGUAUAUCUCAUGGUUAGACUAGCUUCUAUGUCAUUUCUGACCAUUGAAACUAUCAACAUAGAAUCCAAAGACUGGCUCUUCGCAUGUACUGCCUCUAGCAUAGAAAGGCCAUUAAGGACAUGCACGUGGGGCUGGAAUCUCACGAACCGUACAAGAAUUCUACCCGACUUGUUUCAUCGCGAUAGAAAGGUCGUGGAUCUGGAUUUAAGUACUUUGCCCUUUAAUCAGCUGUCACACAUAAUAGUUAGGGUGACACCGACAGACCUACGCAAAGAUGUUACAGUGCACAUCGAUCAUUACAAUCGCUUCGGGCGAACUCGGAAGUUAUACAGCAAAAUGGGAUUUCUGGGCAGUUUGUUUGGCAUAAAAGGAGUUGGAGUAAUAAAAUCCACCAAAGGACACCUUCGUUACCACAUGGAACUCAUCGAUGUCAGAUGCUCCGUUGUGAUCGAGCUUGAGAAAUCCGAGUGUUCCACUCCUUCGCGUUUCUAUCACGCUGUGGUAGAGCUGAUGGAACCAUGGAACCCGGGUGCUAUGCAAGUCCGGUUCUUUACUGAACAGGACAAUGGACCCAAGACCUUGAAACUGCAAACUAUUUAUGGGCGAGAAAACGUCACAGCAUCGCUGAGAGUAACUCUCGAUCCGAAUUGUUUAUACUCCUUCAGGGUACAAGAAGCAGGGCUCGUAGAACGAAUAGCUUGCGCAGUGAGAGACCGAUGGCCAGCUUUGUACACCACCAUCAUAGGUCUUCUGCUCGUAGUGAUCGGAACCAGAGUGGAUCAUUGUAGAGAAGGACUAUUAGUGGCAGCGGUUACUGCAACAUUAUGUUUAACCCUGGGCAUCGGUCUGGAAAGUAUCGUAGCUUUUGCUGCUCUUCAUACAAUGGCUGUUGGCACCUGCUGCUGCGUAAUUUUCUUUGGCAGCGUUGCACAUAACGUAGCGAUCAGGUUUUUGGCACGAGUGAUAGCAUUCUCGACGACCUGGUCAGACUGGUUGCUCGGAGGACUGCACCAACUGCCCUUGAUGACAACGGUUCUAGUAUUGUCGUUGAUUCCAGCCACGUGUGGAGCGCUGGCAAUGAUAAUGUCAAUCUUUCUCUAUUUUUUGAAAUUAACUCGAAUGUACGAGGACUACUUGGAGGAAUUGUUCAUAGCAUCGCUGCGACACUUCCACUUGUUAAGGCCCGAUAAAAAGGGGGAAAGAAAUGGAAAAUCCGACGAAGUCACCACCAGGGAGAAAAUACUUAACCAUCUCGUGCUUUUCUUGACCACUACUAUAGCUGCGAUCCCUGCUCUUCCUUCCGUGCUCGUCUGGGCAAAAAAUUUUAGCACCAACACCAGAUUGAUCACUGAGGACCCCAUUUUGUUGGCAAGUUGGGUAGUACUUUCUGGAUGCAGUAUCAUGGGCCUCGUAAAGAUUCCAUCCAAGAGUUCAGGACGCCGGCCAAGAAUAUUAGGAUUCUUGAUAAGAGGUAUUGGAUGGAGUAUUCUCAUUCUCUCCGCAGCUCGAAAUCCUGCAUAUUAUCAACCAUGGAUACCACCCACCGUAGCAUCGAUCAUGUGUCUAGUCGCCCUAGAUUCUUUGAUUCCUAAUAUUGGAGACCCUUGAUCUUAACAAGCAAUCGAAAGAGAGAUUGAUUCUCCGAUUAGACGCACAAAGGUUCUAAAAGAGUGCAGUGAGAUUUGUAAUUAAGCUCUUGCUAUCAAUUAACAUAUAAC